GUAACAAACAAAUAUUCCCUCCCUUGGACCUUUAUAUACGAAUAAACCGUUUUAAGCACAAUCGCACACACCCAAAACGCAUUAUUGACCAGACAAAAAGACCAAUUAAUGGCGUCCGGCCACGAAGUCCAAGUCAAGCUCUCCUCCGCCCGCGACCUCAAGAACGUCAACUGGCGAAACGGCCUAGUGAAGCCGUACGCCGUCGUAUGGGUCGACCCCAAUAACAAGUUCUCCACCAGGGUCGACGAGGAGGGUGACACGUCACCUUACUGGGACGAGACGCUCACCAUCCCUCUACCGGGUCCUGUCGACGGCGACACCACGCUCUACAUCGACGUCGUGCACGCCGGAUCCGACCCGGCCACCAAGCCACUGAUCGGGUCCGCCCGGCUCAAACUCCGCGAAGUCGUCGAUGACGUGGGCUUCGACGAGCGCGCCAGCCGCACUCUGCAGCUCAAGCGACCCUCUGGCAGGCCCCAGGGCAAGGUUGACGUUAAGGUUACUAUUAGGGAGCCGCGCUACCGUCCGCCGGAGCCGUACUACGCUCAACCUUAUGGGGUCCCACCAGCGGGGUCGCGAGAUUAUCCUGCUCCGCCGCCGGCGUAUGGCGCACCGUACGCCGCCCCCCCCCCGCCGCCUCCAUAUGGAGCACCAUACGCCACACCUGCACCGCCGCCUCCGCGCGAUUACUACGCGGCCCCACCUUCUGGGUACCCGUACAGUGCGUACAAUGCUCCUCCAGCGCCGUACGGUCAGCCGGCUCAGGGGAGUUCUGGUCAGGCGGGGUAUGGACAGGAGGAGAAGAAGAAGAGUAAGUUUGGUGGGAUGGGGACUGGAUUGGCUGUGGGCGCGGUGGCGGGGGUUCUUGGUGGAGUCGCAUUGGCGGAGGGCUUUGAUUACAUGGAGGACAAAAUUGAGGAUGACGUGGCGGAGAGAGUGGAAGAUGAUAUUGGGUACAACGAUGGGGAUGACUUCUAGGAUGUUCUGUCGUCUUCUUGAGAGUUCGAGACUUUGAUCCUAUUGGUCCUUGUGGCGUGGCAGUCACGCAUGACAUGGACCAGGCUUUGAAAUUUGUCCUUUUCUUUUUACAUUGAGAAAAUUUGAAAAUAAAAUUAUGUUUUUUUUUAAUGGAAAAAUGAUAAUUAUUUUAAAUUGUGAAAUUAAAUAGGAAAAAAA